AGCGUUGCUAUGGCGGCGGGCGCUCUCAGCGGCCUGGUCGCCGCGCUGGAGACCUACCGCGGCCGCGACCGGGUGGUCCGUGCGCUCUGCUAUGGCUGUCAGCUGGCGGGCGGGGCGCUGGCCGGGCCGCAGGCCCCUCCGUCCGGGCUGCCCGGGAGCCUCCUGGCCGUGUCGGCCCAGCUGAGCGCCUGCCGCACGGCCUUGCGCCUCUUCGACGACUUCGCUAUGCUCAGCUACAGCUGUGGCUACGGGCUGGGCCCUAAGGACGAGGACGGCCUGGUGCGGGGGCUGUCGGUGCUCUGCAACCUGGCCAACCAGCUGUAUUACCCCUGCGAGCACGUUGCCUGGGCGGCAGACAUUGGCAUCAUCCACGUCGGCUCUCAGAAGUGGUGGACUCUGAGCAUGGUGCUCUGGGCCUCAUCCCUGCUCCUGAGUAUCCUGCGAUCCCUGAGAAUCUUGUUUAUUUUAAGAAGAAAGCUGGGGCAGCACAAGUGUAUAUCUUUGCCUCUGAGUCGAAAGGAAAUGAAAGCCCAAGUGAAGGCUGAAGUUUUGAGCAUCAUCACAGAUGUAGCAGAUAUCUCCAACGCAAUCCAUUGGCUACCUCCUGGAUUUCUUUGGGCUGGACGGUUUCCUCCAUGGUUAGUAGGUCUCCUGGGGACUGUAUCUUCCCUGAUUGGUAUCUACCAAACAUCUAGAGGAGGAAAUUCUGAAGCUGUAUAAAGUGUAAUUAUGCUUCAAGAGCCCAAUUUUACAUGGCAAAAAUGCCUUUAGUGAGGCAGGGUAAUUUCCCUGGGUGUUGGUGAUUGAAAUUCACGCAUCCUGUAAUUUGUGCUAUAAUCAAGACCUAUUACAGAGAGGAUUGUUUGCGGUUAACAAUUUUUAUUACUCCUCAUCAGAGAAAUCUUUCAGGCAAAUCCUCUGAAAAUCAAGAAAUCUCCUAGGACUGGUAAAAUAGAGGGGUGGUGGUGGUGGAAAAUCACUUCUGUCCUUCCUUUCCAUGUCCCAAAAGACAAAUGCAACCCUCCAGUCUUCAUUAUCACUUAAAAGAGCACAAAGUCAGGGUUAGGCAGAGGAACAACCACAGUUCUGUCACAUAAAACUUCUAAGGGUCGGAUCCUGCGAUUCAAGCUCUGGGCUCAGCACUUGGUGCCUCAUCUGAACCAGGGAGGUGACGCAUAACGAGUUUCUCCAUCAGGUAUUUUGGCAUUUGAGGCCAGAGCAGAUCCCCUGAGCGCUAACUGGAGCAAGCGGCUGAGGCAGGUUGCUGGGUUAUUUUGUUUGUGACGGUUGUGUUUCUUUAGAAUUGAGAGGGGAAAGAAACAGCAACUGUAAGGAGUGCCUUGUGAAGCUUUCUUCUAGUCUGUGUGCCUCAUUUAAGGAGAAAUACUGUAAGUGGAGACUUCCUGGGUUCUUCACAAAGCAGCACUGCGUCUCCAGCUGUGCCUUUACGGAAUGCCACCGGGUGGAGCUCUUCCACCAGGCUCUGGCAGCGGCCAACGGACUUUUUAUUUUUUAAAGAAAGUAGCAAAUUUGUUAAUCGCUUUUCAAAGGAUCAGUCAAACCAAUGCCAAGAUGAAUUUACAGUUACAUUUCUAGGCGGUGCCAAUAAUAAACGAGAUGAAUGCUUCAAA